UAUGAUUUCCAAUCGAGAAGCCAAGGUGACAGAGCGGUGGACAGAGCUGGGGGGAGACGGCCGCUCUCCUCGCCCACACGCCGGAUGCAGCAGGCCACUGAAUACCCGCUCCCCCCCCUCAGGACCGGCGGGGGUGAUCCCGGUCCAAUCCCCCCAGGCAGCGGGGCUGAGUCAUGUGCUGAUAGGGGAAUCUCUUAAGCAGCCCUUCACUAUACGGGCCUACACAAUGGCGGACGCCACACGUGCCCACGACAGCACCGCGGAAAGGCAAAGUCUGCAGACCAAACUUGAUGCUCUUUUUGACACCUUUUGGAUGACACUGGCGAGCAGAGGCCGACAAGCCGCAGAACAAAGGCACGCACCUAAUAGAGAACCCGAACAUACCCACCAGAAAUGCACGGGCCCCCGCCCGAAGAGACUUACAAGAUGGUGCCGGAGAAAGAAACCCAUCCCACCUACAUAUAAACAGGGAAGACUGUGCCGCACAACGAGGCCUACCCAAAGAAGCUCACAAGCUCUCCACAGACCCAGCAGGCAACCAAGACCCACGACACAACCGGCGACUGGCAGGUUCUCCACACGGCUCAGAACCCAUCCGAAACCACAGAGGGCCCCAGGAUAUCAGAGGGGUACACUACUUACCUACCUCACCGGAACAGGCCCCCACUACGACCGGCGGACGAGCCAGCCGCAGGAACCAGCGACGCUGCACCUUGCUGUGCCCCAGCGGGACUCUCACACACCUCCAAUAUCUUUCCCUGUGAUGGGUGUAGGCUGAAAGAGGACUCACAUGGCGAGAACCACAGAAGUACACACUUAAAGCCUCUGAUACAACAGAUGCUAGAUAUGCCAUAUUGCAGCCUCCUAAACAGAGACUCUUUACCAACGCAGAAUUUGACAGAAAUGUUCAUUGUUUGACCACUCUUAUCUAGCUAGCAAUCUCACAAUAUGCGUUACAUUCUUGUAUAUUGCUAUCACAUAGCCUGUCAGUUAACCACCUAUAGAGGCUGAGCUUGGCUGCCUGGCACUCAUGUAUAACUCCUUUACACACGCAAUUUACAUGCAUGCAACAUACCCAUGCCUUCACAUAGAAGCACAUGUUUAACGGCAAAGCCUACACUCUAUGUUCCAGUUAUUCUUUAUUAAUGUAUCUCACAAUUGCCGACAUAACUAAUCUACUCGCAACGAAUUUACCUACACAUACAACCUGUCUUAUAACAAAAAAUGUGUAACUGUUUAUCGCCAUGACUCUGUCUACAUUAUUUCGCCUGUGUCUGCUGUCGUGGCACUACAGGCUUGUUUUGUAAACUCUACUGCAC